UCCAAAUAUCAUAUUAUCCUGCAGCUGCUGCAUUCCUGCCAAAUAGCCAAAUAUUAUAAUAGUUAAAUAGUGAUAUUAGUGAUAUUAGUGAUAUUAAUGAUAUUAGUGAAUAGUACAUUCACUUAUUUAAAUAUUUUCAUUUCUUCCAGCCUAAAUUCUCCAGGUUUCGUUUAUUCGUUGUCAUCAAAAGUUAUACACUUUGAAAUGUCUGAAAUAUUGUCUUAUUAAAAAAAUUCGAUGUUAUUACCUUUUCAAUAUUAUCUAGUUUUGGUAUUAUUAACACUACAAUAAUAAAUCAAAUAAUAUUUAAACUGCAUUCUACAAUUUUCGAUUUGAAUUAAUUUUAAACAAAACAGACUCCAAUAUGGUAAAAUUAUUUGCUAUAAGUGUGUUGUACAAAGGACCUAAUGAUUCAACGCUAUUGAAAUCUGCAUUUGAACUGCAGUCAUUUGGUUACUUUCAACGUAAAAGUGUGCAAGAAUUCAUGGGAUUUGUAACUAAAACCAUAGUGGAACGUACAAUAAGUGCUGCUCGGCAAUCUGUAAAGGAAAAAGAAUAUAUGUGUCAUGUUUAUGUACGGGCGGAUAAUUUGGCUGGCGUUCUAAUAUCCGACGAUGAAUAUCCUCAUCGAGUUGCGCAUACGCUUCUAACAAAGGUUUUAGAUGAGUUUUCUGCAAAAGUUCCAUCUCAUAGUUGGCCUAAACUUAAUGAAACUCAGGUUACAUUCAAUGAACUAAAUGCAAUGUUAGCCAAGUAUCAAAAUCCUAAAGAAGCUGAUGCUAUGACAAAAAUUCAACAAGAUUUAGAUGAUACAAAAAUCAUUUUGCAUAACACUAUUGAAGCCGUAUUGGAACGUGGAGAAAAACUUGAUGACCUGGUUGCUAAAUCUGAAGGCCUAAGUAUGCAAUCCAAAGCAUUUUACAAAACUGCCAAGAAAACCAACGCAUGUUGUCGAAUGUAAUGGAUUUAAUUGUUACCUCCAGUAUGA